AUGCGUCCAAAACUUAGUUUGAGAGAUGAGUUGGAACAACUCUUUGAGAAGAAGUUCCUGUAUCAGAAGCCCAGUGAAGGAGUUGCUUGGCAUCUUCCGGAAAAGGGGCAGUCGAUUUUCAGUGAAUUCUACCAGUUCGGAGAUUUACAAAGACUCAAGGAAAAUUUAAAUGCAGUGAAAAGCAAACUAAACGACUAUGGCACGCAUGAGUGGAGCACACACACUAAUAAGCGUGAUCCUUCGGGUGAGGUGGUGUGGCGUCUUAAAAACGAAACCAAGGCAGAGUUUGUGACUGUGGCAUGGUGCAAGUUCUUUGAGUGCCUGAAUAGAUUCCCGCUGAUUGGGAAGUCGGUAGUGAAUACGUUGCACCUCUGCGAAGCACCUGGGGCAUUCAUAGCGGCUCUGAACCACUACAUGCACACAACGUACAAAGCAGAGGAGAUAAAGUGGAAUUGGCGUUCCACAACCCUAAAUCCGUAUUAUGAAGGAAACGCAUUGAAUGAGAUGGUAACUGAUGAUCGCUUCAUGUUUCACACGCUGGAUUACUGGAUCUUCCAUGAGGACUUCACUGGUAAUCUCAUUAAUGUUGCCAACAUUGACAAUAUGUCAAAACGUUGCAUCGACGAGUUCCCCGAUGGCGUACAUUUAAUAACAGCUGAUGGUUCAAUUGAUUGUGCCGCACGACCGGACGCUCAGGAAGAGAUUGUGGCCCGACUAUUCACGGCCGAAAUUCUUACGGCUCUCAGUACACUCGGUGCCGGCGGCAACUUCGUCAUCAAAAUGUUUACUCUAUUUGAGGCUUGCAGCGUAUCUUUGUUAUAUAUGCUUAACUGUAUCUUCAAUGAGGUACAUAUCUAUAAGCCGGCGACGUCAAAGCGUGGAAACUCUGAGGUCUACGUGAUUUGUUUGAAUUAUCUAAAAGACUCGGCUGGACUAACGCAUCUGCUGCAAGAUAUGCGUGCCAAGCUAAAUGAUCCCAACAAUCCGAUGGUAAUGCCGCUAUUCACCAAAUCUCAAAUACCCAAAGAUUUUCUGCUGCAGCACGAAAUCUGCUGCCGCCUGUUUAUGAACCUUCAGUGUGAUGCCAUUGAGAAAAGCAUCUAUGCCUACGAGUCCAAUGAUAAGCAGUAUUUCCGGCACAUACAUCAGCUACGAAGCCUGGUCUCGGCCAUGUAUUACAAUCGCUAUCAUGUGCGAUCCCUAGCGGAUGAUCUGUGCAUUGUAAGAAAAGAGGAAACGAACAAAGCGCUUGGUUUUUGGAUGCCAGUCUAUGGUGGUUCGUAUACGGAGCGACAAAGUCUUAAGCAUGGUGAUCUCUUAAAGCAAAUUUAUUGUCUGCGGAGAGAGUUAAAUCAAGUAGAGAAAUGUACAAACGGUGCUACUAUUUGUACAUGUGUAGAAAAGCGUCAGGAACUGCUGAAAGUGCACUUAACUAAAAGCACGCCAAUUUCAAAGCUGCAGAGCAGUCUCUUUGUAACUGAGCCACUACUGUUGCUACGCUUCAGAAUACUGGAAACACUUGAUAUUGACCCCAUUUGGCAGACGGCACCAAAAUGUGAAUUGGGAAACAAAAAAGAAAUUAGUUAUCAACCGCUCAAUGAUGAUGAACCAUACUACAAAACUCAGCAGCGUUUUUUUCUGGCUCUCCUUGAGUCCUUGCUGGACCUUAAGCCGGAAAAACUGGUCUUCCAGAACCUAGUCUUCCUGACACACUACGCUGUCUCCUUACUGCUGUUCCUCACAAAUGAAAUAUAUGAAAGCACCGAAUUUGAUAACAACAGUCACACAAUUACGCUUACAGGACUGAUUCAAAAUAAAUUGAAACAGAUGCAUCAAUUAAUGCAGUUGAUGAGUGAUGAAAAUGCACACAGUAUUUUGAACAUCAAGGAGCUGCACAAGAACCAAUUCAGUAGUGUGCUGCUGCAGUACAACAACGGCGUACUUCUGGCUUGCUAUCGUCGACUGCUGGGUGAAGAUUCCUUAACUGUGGCCGUAAAUUUGAACUCUACACCCCUUACUCAACAGGUACCGGAUAAUAUGAAAGAGACUGCUGUUUUAACAUAACGAACAUGUAUUUUCGCAUAAAAUUACACUUCUAAAUUUUAAAAACUA